CUUUUUCUUUCAGACAUUAAUCUUUUUUCCUCUUUCUGUUUUUCUUUUUCUUUCCCUCCAUUUCAUCCCUCUGCUUCGCCCCCACCAUUCAGACGAAGAAAUUAUCACUCCUACACUUACUACCUGAAGUUGGCCAAGAAAAGGAAGGAAACGCUGAGCUCCAGACAGGAAAUGACUCUGAUGGUGAACAGCUCCCAACACACAGCCAUGGUGGACACACACACUCUGAACGGCCGCACCAUGUCGUCUCCGUCUUCUUUCACCCUGAAGACAAACACCAUCAGCACCUCCGUCCCCAACUCCUACUACCAAGACGACAGCAGCCACACCAUGACCAGUGAAACCAGCAGCCUGGUCCAGUCCCACUACAAGCAGCGGGAGGCGGAGCGGGAAGCGCUGCCCUACCAGACGGGUCAGCUGCACCCGGCCAUCCGGGUCGCCGACCUGCUGCAGCAUAUCACCCAGAUGAAGUGUGCCGAGGGCUACGGGUUCAAGGAGGAGUACGAGAGCUUCUUUGAGGGACAGUCCGCUCCCUGGGACUCAGCCAAGAAGGACGAGAACCGCAUGAAGAACCGAUACGGGAACAUCAUCGCCUACGAUCACUCCCGUGUGCGUCUGCAGCCUCAGGAUGGAGACGGCGGAUCAGACUACAUCAAUGCUAACUAUGUGGAUGGUUACCACAGACCCAACCACUACAUCGCUACACAAGGUGAGACACUCGAGACGGUGUAUGACUUCUGGAGGAUGGUUUGGCAGGAGAACUCUGCGGUUCUGGUGAUGGUGACCAACCUGGUGGAAGUGGGCCGGGUGAAGUGCUGUAAGUACUGGCCUGAUGACACUGAGAUUUAUGGCGACAUGAAGGUGACGCUGAUCGAGACGCAGCUGCUGUCUGAGUACGUGAUCCGGACCUUCGCUGUGGAGAAGAGGGGCGUGGCUGAGAUCAGGGAGAUCCGGCAGUUCCACUUCACCGGCUGGCCGGACCACGGCGUCCCGCUGCACGCCACCGGCCUGCUGGGCUUCAUCCGCUGCGUCAAGGCCAAGACUCCGCCCACCGCCGGCCCCACCGUGGUUCACUGCAGUGCGGGCGCGGGCCGGACCGGCUGCUUUAUGGUCAUCGACAUCAUGCUGGACAUGGCGGAGAGAGAAGGCGUCGUCGACAUCUACAACUGUGUCAGAGAGCUGAGGGCGCGAAGGGUCAACAUGGUGCAGACCGAGGAGCAGUACGUCUUCAUCCAUGACGCCAUCUUGGAGGCGUGUCUCUGUGGGAACACCGCUGUUCCGGCCAAUCAGCUGCGUUCGCUUUACUACGAGAUGAACCGAUUGGACCCCCAGACCAACUCCUGCCAGAUCAAGGAGGAGUUCAGGACCCUCAACAUGGUGACGCCCACCCUGCGCGUGGAGGACUGCAGCAUCGCGCUGUUGCCCAGGAACCACGAGAAGAACCGCUGCAUGGACGUCCUGCCGCCGGACCGCUGCCUGCCCUUCCUCAUCACCAUCGACGGCGAGAGCUCCAACUACAUCAACGCCGCGCUCAUGGACAGCUACAAGCAGCCGUCGGCCUUCAUCGUUACCCAGCAUCCUUUGCCCAACACGGUGAAGGACUUCUGGCGCCUGGUUCUAGACUACCACUGCACGUCCAUCGUGAUGCUGAAUGACGUGGACCCCGCCCAGCUGUGUCCCCAGUACUGGCCGGAGAACGGCGUCCACCGCCUCGGCUCGCUGCAGGUAGAGUUUGUCUCUGCGGACCUGGAGGAAGACGUCAUCAGCCGCAUCUUCAGGAUCUACAACACCGCCAGGCCGCAGGACGGGUACCGCAUGGUGCAGCAGUUCCAGUUCCUGGGUUGGCCCAUGUACCGGGACACACCCGUCUCCAAGCGCUCCUUCCUGAAGCUUGUCCACCAGGUGGACAAAUGGCAGGACGAGUACGAUGGCGGCGAGGGACGCACCGUGGUCCACUGCCUGAACGGCGGCGGGCGCAGCGGCGUCUUCUGCAGCGUCAGCAUCGUGUGUGAGAUGCUGAGGCAGCAGCGCUCUGUGGACGUUUUCCACGCCGUCAAGACGCUCAGAAACAACAAACCCAACAUGGUGGACCUGGAACAAUAUAAGUUCUGCUAUGAAGUGGCUCUGGAGUUCCUGAACUCUGCUUAGCUGGGACCGCCUCGCCCUUCAUCACCUCCUCCUCUUCCUCGUGCUGCAGGAGGAAGAGGAGGAGGAAGGUGUGUCCUGCCUGGUUGGACGGACACCCUGACUGUCCUCUUUGUCGUCUUGUUGGUUUUUCUUGUGUCGUAAACCUGGCAGAGACCCGGACUGAAGCUCCGCCCACCUGUGAUGACCUCAUCCUGCCCAGGUCCGGUUCCUCCUUACCGGGUCUUCCUGGACGGCAGCUGGACAGCGUCCCACUACUGGGACACCUUGACUCGGAGGAAUCAGAACCAUGACUCAGCAGACCAGUCCUGCUUUCAUCGGUUCUGCUGCCAUCUUGUGGUUGACAGCAGAACUGCACCAGC